AUGGGUACAGUGAGCCACAAUUCGGAUACAAGAAGUUGGCUGGUGGUGGCCAGUUACUGGACGCUGGGAGCUCUGGCAGCAUUGGCCGUCAGGAAGCAAGCCUUCCAGAACCAAAGCUUGGCCCAGAUCACUAACCCAGGGAUAAUGAACAGAGUGGGCUUCAUGCGUCUGGUCGUGGCUUCAGCUGAAAAUAAAGAUGGCGGCGGUUCGCGAAUACUCCACUUGGGCACUCAGUGGCAGCGGGACCUUGACAGUGAUGCAUCCACCAAAGGGGCUCAACUCAAGUGUAUGGUGCAUGAAUGGAACCAGAUGUAUAAGACCAAUCACAAGUACCAUCCAAGAGUGCGGGAAUUGACCCGUGACAAUAUCCAUGAAUUUGAUCGAGAAAUGUUUGAAACUGUUUUCAAAAUUGUGAACAGGACAUUUGGAUAUGUGUGUGGAUUAAUGAUGUGA